AUGGUAAUUUGUCCUCAAGGUUUUCUUGAAGAGGGACAAGAAAUAGCUGUGAAGAGACUUUCGAGGAAUUCUAGGCAAGGAUUAGAUGAUUUCAAGAAUGAGGUUAUUUGUAUUGCCAAACUCCAACAUCGAAAUCUUGUGAAGCUUCUGGGAUGUUGCAUUCAAGGAGACCAGACAAUGUUGAACUAUGAGUACAUGCCUAACAAAAGCUUGGACUUCUUUAUUUUUGAUUGGACCCGUGGCACAUUACUGGAUUGGACUAAGCGCUUAAACUUCAUCAACGACAUUUCUCGGGGGCUUCUUUAUCUUCAUCAAGAUUCUAGACUAAGAAUAAUCCAUAGAGAUCUCAAAGCUAGCAAUGUUCUGCUAGACGUUGACAUGAACCCAAAGAUAUCGGACUUUGGUGUGGCUAGAAGUUUUGGAGGAAAUGAGACAGGAGCGAAUGCAAGCAAAGUGGUUGGAACAUAUGGCUAUAUGUCUCCGGAGUACACAGUGGAUGAGAUUUUCUCAGUAAAGUCAGAUGUAUUUAACUUUGGUGUUUUGGUGCUAGAGAUUGUUAGUGGAAAGAGAAACAGAGGUUUCAAUCAUUCAGACCACCAUCUCAAUCUUGUUGGGCAUGGUGAUUUCGACUUCGAAACUCCAUCGCCACCACCAUCUGCACCGGCAAUUUCGAUUUCACUAAGACACAUGAAGUACAAGGCUCAGGUUCAAGCUGUGAGUUCAUUGUUCCUCUUACUUGUUGAUGGUUAA